GGUUUCGCGUCGAACAAAUGGCAGCUGUUUUGGCGGCUGUUGCUGAGCGGGUUUCUAGGUUAUUUCUCCAGUUAACCUAUAUUUUUCGAAGUUUUCGAGCUGAAAAAAGGUUAUAAAUUGGAAAUUUGUUCGAGGCGAUUUUUGUGGUAAGGGGGCCCGCCGGGGAAACUUACCUUUUGGAAAAUCGUGCCUUACGGAAGUCUCCUUCGACAAAUAAAGAUGUCAAGCGCGAGCAGCCAUUUGCCUGUGCACAGCUAAGGUCGACGCUGGCUGGGUUUGUGGAUCUUGGUUAGGUUUUCCAGUUUUUUUUCCGAUUUAUUUGCGGUGAAAUACAGUGUUCACCAGGAUGUUUUUUGGUCCCAUUUGACCAAUAAAAAGCUAAAAUGGAUGGGUCGUUUAGUAUAACCUGGGAGGACGCUACCACGGUGGUCCAAUCAGAGGAAGUGAUCACCAUGGAGAAUGAAAUUAUACCUUCGCAGUCUCAAGAGUUUAUAGGGGAUGAAACUGAGGAGACCUACGUGGAAAAUGUCCAAGAUGAUGCCGAGUUGGCGUUGAAUGAAGUAUCGGUUGUUGAAGAGGAGGUGGUUCAAGAUGAUAGUGUGGAGGAGGUGACUUUGGAGAACCAGCAAGCUGAUGGGGGCCUUAUGUAUUUGACUGAAGACAAUGUACUAGUUAUGGAUUCAAACGAGGACACUCCUUACACACAAGAUCAACUCAUGGAAGUUACGGAAGAAGUUAUAACAGAUCAGUGGGGCUUUGCAGGUGAGUGUCCAGAAGAGAUGAUCAUUGGGUCGGAGGAAGCUGUGGGAGCUGUGGAUGGUCAAGCAAUUGAAGAUGAAGAUAUACCGUUGCCUACCGACCAGGAUGAGUAUACGGCUGCCAGGCCAUACCCUUGCGAUUUUUGCAGUAGAAGGUUCCGUAAAAAGGCCAACCUUAUGAACCACAUGGUAGCGCAUCAGACAGACAGACCCCACGGAUGCAACCUAUGUGGGGUGAGGUACUUGAGGAAGUCUGAUUUAAUGAACCACCUGAAAAGUCACGCCUAUAUACCAGAAUCUGAACCCAUUGAAGAUGAGGAUCUGUCACUGGGACAUCAGGGUUUUGAAAGAAGAAAGAAAGUAAAAAGUUUGGUGAAGAAAAAGAAAAAGAGAAUCGUGAAAGAAGAGUAUGAGAAUUUAUUUACAACUGAGCCAGUUUCAGCUGACGAAAAAUAUAUAGGCGACAUGGACGCCACCUACCUCACUACUUCCAGUCAAGAAGAGAUCAGGUACCCGGUCAUCGAUCCAAAGAAACCUUUCGUCUGUCAGCACUGUGGCGUAGCGUUCGCCAGGGAGAAGGCAUUGGCGUCCCAUGCGAGGGUACAUGGUGGUGACAGUCCUUUUGAAUGUCAGAAAUGCGGUGAGAUGUUUUGGGAUAUCUCCCUUAUGCAGGAACACUCUAGAACCAAACACGGUGAAAUCGAGGACAUCGACGACGACGAGGAUGAAGACUAUUCCGACUCCGAGGAGGCCAAAUACGGGACGUUUUACUGUCCCACGUGCGGCCUGUCCUUCCAUCGGCAGGACAACCUCAAGCGCCACCAAAGAAUCCACGUCAAAGAGGAGUUCGUGCACGACGAAAGUUUCGGUCACAUCUGUAACGUGUGUGGCGAAUGCUUCCAGGAAGCUCUGGAUCUACUUGCCCAUGCGGAAAUCCACGCUAGAGGCUCGGAAUACCGGUGUAUGGUGUGUGGAGAGAUUUGUAUGGACGAGACUACUUUAGCGGGUCAUGUACAGAGUACUCACAAGAAUCUACCACCGCACACGUGUAUCCUGUGCGGCAGAACGUGUAAAGAUAACAGAACGUUGAUGAAACAUUCCUGGGAACAUUCUAAGGAAAAAUGUUUUGCUUGUACAAAAUGUUCGAAAACUUUCCACAAUAAAGCCAGAUUGAAACGACAUAUGAUUUCUCACAGGAACAAAGUGGUAUCGUGCGACGUGUGCGGCGAGGACUUCCCCGACGGCCGCAGCCUGAUGAACCACCGGCACAGCCACAGCAGCGUCUCGGGACGGCAGUUCCCGUGCCGGGAAUGCGGCAAGACGUUCGGUUCCAGGAGUUCGCAGCAGAUCCACAUUCGCAUCCACACGGGCGAGAGACCCUACGGGUGCCGGUUCUGUUGGAAGGCCUUUGCCGACGGUGGGACUUUGAGGAAGCACGAGAGGAUCCAUACUGGGGAGAAGCCGUACGCGUGCGCGGUGUGUCCAAGGGCGUUCAAUCAGAGGGUGGUGCUCAGGGAACAUAUAAGGUCACAUCACUCGGGCCCAGAUCCGAAAUAUUCACACAGUAUGACGCCGUACUGCUGCGCCGUGUGUUCGGACAUGUUCGCCGCAUCUCAGGAUCUGAUCCUCCAUCUGAUCCACCAUUGCGACAUGAACACGGCGAUGAAGCGCCAGCCUCAGAUCGGGCCCAGAAAAUACAAACGAAGAAGAAAACUGAAACCCCAUGAGUUGGAAAUGAUGACAGCUCAGAACGAGGAGUCCUACAACAGCGACCAGGCCCUUUUGCAGAACGCCAAUAACACUACCGACUCUGAGGAAGAGAGGGAGCGACGAAGAACUCGACCGAAACGCUCGUACACCAGGAAGCCUUCCAGUUCGCCAAAAACAAGCGUUAGCGAAUCGAUGUCGGACAUCUACAACGCGGCCAGUACCAUCGAAGCCGUGGAGAGCAUCACCCUUCCCAAGUCUCCCACGUCCAAAACGAAACCCAAAAAGGGCAAGAACGACGCAUCUGCGGUUCCUUCGCGUCCUAAAAUGAUCCACACACAGAAAACUAGGGUCCCUGUGGAGACUGGCGAGGACGGGAGGGUCAGACAUAGGACAAGGACUUUGGUGACUAGGACACAACCGGCGGAAAUCAAGUCAGUCACCGGUGAAAGAAUAAGACCCAGAACCAAAAACGUCAGUUACCACGUGUUAAACCCGGAAAAAUUCCCAAUCGCCACUUUUCCAUCAGCUGAACAGACCAACGAAGCAGUAGAGAGUCUUUUGAAAGAAGCAAGUGAGGAAAUACCUACCAAUGGUAAUAUCGUCACAGAAGAAAUCGUGGAAGAAACUCCUGAAGUCGCGGGGGAACAGAUUGUGGAAAGCGAACAAGUUCCGAUACCUGUCGGCUUGGUGGAGGUCAGAACUAGGCGUAACAGCGCGAGAAGUACCAGAAAUGUCAUAGGUCCAGGAAGCAAAGUCAGGUUGGUGAAGGAAGGCAUGAUCAUAUCGAAAAUGAAGAGAUCCAGCGAGAGCCAGCUGGAACCGGAAACUAUAGUACCGGAAACUAUAGUACCGGAUAUGAAUCCCACCGCUGCUGUGUAUAUUAAGGAGGAACAUUUUAAUACUUCAAAUGAUGAUACAUUAGAAACCAAUGUAACCGAGGAAGAACAGCCCCAAGAAGAGCCUCAACCGACCAACGACCAAUUUCAAACCGAAGAGACGGUCGACCAAAGGACACCCAACGGCAACCCGAACGUCAUCAACGUCAAACAGGAAAUGAUGGACCCCAGCGCCCUUCACGAACUGGCCGAGCUCUCCAUGCGUCACGCCAAUCACAUCACCGACCUGUUCAAGUGCGAGAUGUGCGACGAGGUGUUCACGGAUCGCGCGCAGCUGCUGUUGCACGUGCCCAUUCAUAUUUGAUGUGGUACAGAAAUUAAGGUGGAAUAGUGAAAUAGUUUGGAUGUUUUUGGGUACCGGCAUGGAGCAAGGUCAAAAUUGCUGUAAAAUUCGAGUAGGGAGUAUUUUUUGUAAAAUAUUUUUAAACACUGUCUCUGAUUGGUUAUAGUCUAAGAGCUAGCAACGUUUUCGAGAAAGUAUUUUAAGAAAGUUGGCUCUUUAAUAUGUCUUUUGCUAUG